GCACCAGAUGCCGAUUGAGUCCAAGUUCUUGGAGAAUAUGGCGAAUGCGCUCAAUGCCGAGAUCGCCAUGGGCAACGUCUCGUCUGAGAAGGAUGCUGCCGACUGGCUGCGCUAUUCCUAUCUUUUCGUGCGCUUCUUCCGCACGCCGCAGAAGUUCGGCAUCACUCAGCAGGACUUUGAGACGGAUCCGACGCUUGAGAAGAAGCGCCGUGAGUUUGUCCAUGAGGCUGCCACCAAGCUCUGCAACGCACGGCUCAUCCGAAUCGACAACAAUCGAAAUUACAAUCCUACUGACUUGGGUCGCGUGGCUGCCCGCUUCUAUGUCGACUGGGAGACCGCGGAAUCUUUCAGCAAGGGCCUCAUCCAGAACAUGGACGAUGACAGGAUUCUGGCCCUCUUCGGCAAAGCCCACGAGUUCAGUCAGCUGAAGAGCCGCGAAGACGAGCAAGCCGAGUUGGGCCAGCUGAUGGAAGACCCACAGGUCUGUCCUGUACGUGUUCUUGGUGGCACCGACAACAUCUACGGCAAGGUGGCCAUCCUGCUGCAAGUGUACCUCAGCCGAAAGUUCAUUGAGGGCUUUAGCUUGGUGAGCGACUGCAACUACGUGCUGCAGAAUGCCUCGCGGCUCUUCCGCGCCCUGUUCGAGAUUACAAUGACUCGUGUGACCAACAUGAGCGAGAUGAGCGACCGACUGCUGGAGUGGUGCAAGAUGAUCGACCAGCGCCUUUGGCAAAGCCAACACGUGCUGCGACACUUCUGCUACCCUCCGGGCAGUGCGGCGAGCAACAAGGGCGGCAAGUCCUUAGACGAAGGGCCGAAGGGAGGCGUCCUGAAAGAGCAGAUCGUGAAAAAGCUCGAG